AUGGAAUUGGGAAUUAUUAUUCAUAUGAUCAUCUUUUUGGUUAUAUCCAUUGUUCUCGGUCAACCAGAUAAACACAAAGAGGAAAGUUCUCGAACUCCUCCUCAAUACCCUGCAUAUGGACAUACUCAACAAACAUAUCAACAACAUCAACAACAGUUUCCUUAUUUUCAAAGUCAAGGUCAUCCAAGUGGUUUAAUUCAACAGCAACAACAACAAGUACCUCAUCAAUAUUAUCAACAAUACUAUAAUCCAAACCAACAACAACAACAAUAUUAUUAUUAUUAUCCAGGUGUUCAUGGACAAUUAUAUCCACAACAACAACAACAACAACAACAACAACAACAAAUUUAUCAACAACCAUAUCGCCCUUUUUAUCAACGACAACAACCAACACACAAUUUGGGUCAACAAUACCCUACUCAUCAACAACAUUUUGUUCCACAACAACACUUUGAAAGCACGUCUCAUACAAAUGUUCAACCUUCUCAUCAACAACAAACUUAUUACCAACAACAUUCCCAACAACAAUUUUAUCAACAACAAUAUCCUCAACAGCAACAACAAAUUAAUCCACAACAAUUUCCUCUCAUUCCUCAACAACAGCCAAUUGUUCCACACCAACCACAACAACAAAUACAACCACCACAACAACAAGUUGUAAGACCAAAAACAACUCAGAGAGAAACUCCAAAACAACAACCACAACAAAAAAUUGUACAAAAAGCUCCAAAACAAGAGGAUCCUCAAACUAAAUCAAAAAGACACCCACAUAUUAAAUCCGAACCUGGUGUAUUUACUUUAAUACCAGUUCCUCCAGAAAUUAUUCAAAUAAAAGCGUUAUUGGAUAAAUUGGAUAGUUUUCAAAUGUGUAGAGAAUACAAAAAACUCGCACCACAUGAAUAUAUGGUCUAUGCAGAAUACUGGUUUGGAGAAAAAUGUGAAAACGAAGAAUGUACUUUUCCAAAAACAACAGAAGAAAUUAAAGAAAGAUUUUAUAUUCAUGGUUUUUGGCCUCAUUAUCACAGAAACAAGAAUUUGUAUUGUUGUAUCAAUUGGUAUGGUCCUGAUAAUUUUGAUACACUACUUUUAAUGGAAAAAGAUCUUUUAAAAGAAGUGCGGAACAAAUGGAUGUCAACAACUGCUUGUCGGUUUGCUACUUAUCAAUAUGACAAACAUGGCAGUUGUACUUUUAGUGUAUAUAAAGGGGUUAAAGGUCCUUUAGAUUAUGUAAAAACAACUUUACUUCUUCAUGAAAGAAGCGAUUAUUGGAAAAUACUCCAAGAAAGUUAUCUACAUGUUGAAACAAAUAAAAUGUAUAAAUUGGAAGAUAUUACCAAAGUUAUUAAAAAUCACUUUGGAGUACAACCAUCAAUAGUAUGUAAAAAUCAAAUCUCUGUGUUUGAAAUUAAAAUAUGUUACGAUAUUAAUACAAAUCCCAAUGAUCCAAAAGCUAUACCAUGUGGAGAUAAAGUGUAUAAUUAUGACAAACUUAGAUGUGAUGAAAAAGUCAUGUUCAAACCAUUGCCACUUAAACUAACAAAUCGUGAAACUAUUUCAAGAAAUGAAUGUCCAUUUUAA